AGUCGGUGCUGGAGAUUUAAAAAAAUAACCUAGAUAAUAUGUUUAUCAUAAGCUGCAGCAAAAAAUAAAAAUAAAUUAUAUGGAUUUUGCCACUGUUACAUCAGAACUCUUGAAAAAUAAAUAUUUAUUAAACUACACUAUAUUUAUAUAGAUCUGCGUUAUUAAUAAAUGAAAUUCUGUUAUUUACAAAACAACCCGCGGUCUUGGUCAGCUUGGUCUCACUGGUUAAUAUCUAACACCACACAACCACAUAAUUUCAAGUUUUUCAUUAACACCCUAUUGCAAUUUACAGCCCCCCCACACAAUUGUUUCCAUUUACUAAUCACCUUAUUACUCUCUCUCUAUCUCUCUAAUUUUGCAGCUCAAUUCACCGAGGAUGGUUCCUUCAUAGGUCAAUAUGUGCCCGGUAAACUACAGCCGCCGGUUAGUCCUCAGCCCAUCAACAAUACACCAGCAGCGCAUCAAUCGCCAACAGCGCCGCCAGCGCCAACGCAAGGUACCACCACUUCGAAUACAGCCGCUGUGGCCACCUAUGUUUAGGUGAUAGCAACUGCUAGUGAA